UUCAUUAUCAAUCAAUAGUUUCAAAAAACAGAUCCAACUGUAGACCGAAGUUCAUCCCAUCGUCUGAGGAUUCAGGGUCAAAUGAUCUCCAUUGCUGAUUCGACCCAGAGAUCUGCUAUCCUGAGAAAAUCUAGAGCUCAUUUGUGCUCUGGGAUGGCAAAGAACGCGAAAAUCUUGGGCGGUUUACCCAAACAGGUAUAAAAUUGAUGGAAAAAUUAAAGGGUUUUGGCAUUUCGGAUUACGAGUUUCACGGGUUUUCUUUUUCCAGCAUAUUCUGAAGAAGUAAUGCGAGUCGAAUACACUCGCGGCAGGUUCUUUCCUGAUCUAGUUGCUGUUUGAUUUGCUGAUAAAUUUCUCCGUUAUUACUCUUGGGUGCUAAUGGAGUUCACGGAGGGCUAUAAGCAGACGGGUCCAUGUUGUUUCUCGCCAAAUGCUCGUUACUUAGCUGUUGCAGUCGACUAUCGCUUGGUGAUUCGUGAUGUUCUUUCCCUCAAGGUGGUGCAAUUGUUUUCGUGCUUGGAUAAGAUAAGCUAUGUUGAAUGGGCUCUUGAUUCAGAGUAUAUACUGUGUGGUCUCUACAAGAGACCAAUGAUACAGGCAUGGUCAUUAACCCAGCCUGAAUGGACUUGCAAAAUAGAUGAAGGUCCUGCUGGGAUUGCAUACGCAAGGUGGAGCCCUGAUAGUCGCCACAUACUUACCACAUCAGAUUUCCAGUUGCGGCUAACAGUAUGGUCACUGGUGAACACAGCUUGUGUACAUGUCCAAUGGCCCAAGCAUGCUUCUAAGGGUGUUUCUUUCACCAAAGAUGGAAAGUUUGCUGCUAUUUGCACAAGACGUGAUUGCAAAGACUACAUUAAUCUACUGUCUUGUCAUUCAUGGGAGGUCAUGGGUGUUUUUGCUAUUGACACUCUAGAUUUAGCUGAUAUUGAAUGGUCACCAGAUGAUAGUGCCAUAGUGAUCUGGGAUUCAUCUCUUGACUAUAAGGUUUUGAUCUAUUCUCCAGAUGGGAGGUGUCUGUUUAAAUAUCAAGCAUAUGAAAGUGGGUUGGGUGUAAAAAGUGUUGCAUGCUCCCCAUGUGGCCAAUUUCUGGCAGUGGGUAGUUAUGACCAGAUGUUACGAGUUUUGAAUCACCUGACAUGGAAAAAAUUUGCUGAAUUUAUGCACCUAUCUUCUGUUCGUGCUCCUUGCAGUGCAGCUAUUUUCAAGGAGGUGGAUGAUCCUUUGCAACUUGAUAUGUCAGGAUUACAUUUAAGUGAUGAGUUUAUACAAGGCAAUUCUGAAAAUGUUCCAGAAGGACACUUCAGAGUCAGGUACAAAAUAAUGGAAUUGCCCAUUACGUUACCUUCGCAGAAGCCUCCUGCAGACAAACCAAACCCCAAACAAGGCGUUGGUCUAUUAUCAUGGAGCAACGACAGCCAGUAUCUCUUCACCCGCAACGAUAGCAUGCCAACAGUUCUGUGGAUAUGGGACAUCCGCCACCUAGAACUUGCAGCUAUCCUGGUGCAGAAAGAACCAAUCCGUGCAGCUGCUUGGGAUCCAUCGUGCCCACGCCUUGUUCUGUGCACUGGUAGUUCACACGUGUAUAUGUGGAACCCCUCUGGUGCCUUCUGUGUGAGUAUUCCAUUGCCACAGUUUACUGUAACUGAUCUGAAAUGGAAUUCAGAUGGAAGCUGUCUUCUCCUUAAGGACCGGGAAUUGUUCUGCUGUGCUGCAGUGCCCAUGCUGCCAGACUCCAGUGAAGAUAGCUCUGAUGAAUAGGGAGAACUUUUUCCCCCUCUAGUUGGCGAAUAUUGGCUAGUAAGUAUGUAGAAUAUUAUGAAUCAGGACCCAUAAUCAUUUUACCAUGGGUUCAGUAGGGGAACUUUUUGAUUGUUCCCCUGAUAUUCUGAUUUACAAUGUAACAUGUUUCUGUAAUAGAGAAUUCAAGUUAGAUUGAUCUUCAG